CUCAACUUCCUGAGGGCACCCUGUGAGCUCUGCUCCAAGUCCUGACUCUGCCUGGCCAAGUUCCUUUCCUGUCCCUGGGUUUGUCUUGCACUUUCUUCUAAGUAUUUCUCCUAGAAGGCAGAUGAAUCUCCUGGGUUCCUUCUUUGUAUUCUCCGUAUCCUGAUGAAUACAGAAUUCUGGUUCCCCUUCAUGUUACAUCUACUGAGUUCCCGCCAUUUAUCGGGGUCUGUACCAGGUCCUCUCCUGGAUUCCUGAAUUGAACCUGCCUUGCACAGAGUGGAGUCAGUCCCUUCUUCCAUUAUGGCAUUAUGGAAGGAUAACAGAUACCAGAAGAAAUAUGAAGCAGCAACUGUGAAGCUUGAGCAACUCAACCUUCACAGCCCUAACCCAACCUGGCUUAAUUCAGCCUCACUGAACCAGAUCUAACACUCUUGGAUCCCAGAUGUUGCUACAGCUCUCUGAUCUUUAGAAUCUACUUCAAUUCCAGCUAGAAUGCUGCUUCAAGCUCUUUACAAGUUUGGUCAAAAGCUGGUACACAGACACCCACUGGAACAAAACAUUUAUGAGUAUGAAUUUGGUAGAAGCCUGAGCACUCUGGACUUAGUGGUCCUGGGUGUGGGCCGCACAGUGGGGGUUGGUGUGUAUUUCCUGCUUGCUGAGGUGGCUAGUAGUCAAGCAGGACCAGCCACUGUGAUAUGCUUCUUGGUGGCUGGCCUAACUUCAUUAUUGGCUGGGCUGUGCUAUGCAGAGUUUAGCGCCCGGGUUCCGCAUCCUGGUUCCGCAUAUCUCUACUGUUUUGUCACUAUAGGCGAACUCUGGGCAUUCAUCACGGGUUGGAACCUCAUCCUCUCCUUUUUUAUUGAUGCAAUCGUGAUGAUCCGGGCCUGGACCUUAAUUUUUGAAUACCAUUUUGGAAAUCAGAUCUCUGAGAGCAUCUCAGAGCACAUUCCCCAAGUCUUAGCAGAUAAUCUAGUCUACUUUACUAUGGUCCUUUGGUUUUUUCUCUUAGAAAUUCGAAAUCUGGGUUUUCGUGGGUUCUUCAUAGUUUUCAAACUGCUCACAUUGUUGAAACUUUUGGUUCUCAGUUUUGUCAUCAUCUCUGGAUUCGUUAAGGGGGACCUGCACAACUGGAAGCUCACAGAAGAGGACUAUAUAAAGGCUGGACUCAGUGACACCUCUAGCUUGGGUCCUCUGGGCUCUGGAGGAUUCAUGCCUUUUGGCUUCCAGGGGAUUCUCCGUGGAGCAGCUACCUGUUUCUAUGCUGUUAUAGGCUUCAGUGUUCUUGUUACCAGAGUCAAAGAAUCGCACAAGCCUGAGCGUUCAAUCCCCAUGGGCAUUGUUAUUUCACUGCUCACCUGCAGCUUGGUGUAUUUUGGUAUCUCUGCAGCACUUACACUUAUGGUGCCUUACUACGAGCUCCGACCUGGGAGCACCUUGCCUGAGGCAUUUCUCCAUAUUGGCUGGGGCCUUGCCUUCUAUGUUUUAGCUGUUGCAGUUUCCUGUAGUAUUUUUGUCAGCAUGUAUUACAGCUUUGUGUUCCCCAUACUUUUAGUGAUAAACAUGAUGGCAGAAGAUGGCCUCCUGUUCCCUGUGCUUGCCAGGGUCAUCACUGGCACAUACACCCACUUAGUGUUCAGGAUAUUCAUUUAUGUUAUUGCAGUAAUCAUAUUAUUCUUCUUUGGACUCGCUGAUCUCUUGGACCUCAGGUCAAUUGCGACCCUGCUAUCUUAUUCCCUGGUAGCUUUUUGUGUUCUCAUCAUCAGGUAUCAGCCUGAGAGGAGGAAUAAAGAAAACGAAGCAGAGGAGCAAGAAGAGAAUGAGCUAAAUGAAGCAGAGGUGCAGGAGGAGAGCCUACCUGCAGCAGAGAAGCUAACUCUACAGGGACUAUUUUUUCCAGGCAGCCCCACCCCCACUCCACUCUCUGGCCGAGUUGUCUAUGUUUGCUCCUCACUGCUUGUUCUGCUGCUGAUUGUUCUUUGCCUGGUGCUCGCCCAGUGGCCAGGUUGGCUUUCUGGAGACCCAGGGUGGAUCACAGUGGUUGUGCUGCUCCUGGUGCUCAUCACUGGGUUCACUGGAAUCAUCUGGAGACAGCCACAGAACUCCACUCCCCUUCACUUCAAGGUACCUGGUCUGCCUCUCCUCCCACUCCUGAGCAUUUUUCUGAAUGUUUGCCUUAUGAUGCAGAUGACCGCUGGCACCUGGGCCCGAUUUGGUGCCUGGAUGCUGACUGGGUUUGUUAUCUACUUCGCCUAUGGGAUCCAGCACAGCCUUAAGAGGCCAAACCAUAGACCUUGAACUCAGCAGUGCCAGUACAUUUUUGGUUUGACAUCAUCACACCUGAAUGCAGUCUGGUUCCCUGCACAGUAAUGGGGAGUACUCUUGAGCACAUGGGAAUCUAGGGCUCCUAUGAGAUAUUGGUGUGAAAAUACUAAUAGAGCUCCAUAUUUACGGCAGAGUGAAAGAUGAGACUUUGCUCUUUCUCCUUUUUUUUUCUUUCUACGUUUUAAUUGUGUCUAUACUGUUUACUGACAUUUACAUAAUUAGUAUUAGAAGAAGCUGGAAGGCAUUUUCCUCUUCUUUGGUUAAAUAUCCACUAGUGAAGGAUGUAGCUGUCUCAGUCAGUAUAGCAUGAUUCUUGUCUGAGUCUGGUGAGUAUGAUCCCCACAGUGGCUGUAGCGAUUAAGAAAAUAUCCAGUAGCAGAAUUACCGGAUCACAUGGUAGUUCUUUUUAAAUUUUUUUGAGGAAAUUCCAUCCUUUUUCCCAUAAUGCCUACACCAUUAACAUUCCUAUUAACAGUUCAUGAGGGUUCAUUUUUCUCUGUAUCUUCGCCAACACUUGCUUUUCUUCUAUUUUUGAUUUUAGGUAAAGUGAUAUCUGAUUGCAGUUUUAAUUUGUAUUUCCUUGAUGAUUAGUGAUACAAAGC